AUGGUUCAAUCAUCUAUUUUAGGGUUCCCACGUAUCGGUGGACAAAGAGAAUUGAAGAAGGUCACCGAAUCUUACUGGCAAGGUAAGGUUGGUGUCAACGAUUUAUUAUCCAAGGGUAAGGAAUUGAGAAGCCACAACUGGAAGUUGCAAAAGGAAGCCGGUGUUGAUGUUAUUCCAUCCAACGAUUUCUCUUACUACGAUCAAGUUUUGGAUUUAUCUUUGUUAUUCAAUGUUAUCCCAGACAGAUACACCAAGUUCGAAUUGGCCCCAAUUGACGUUUUAUUCGCCAUGGGUAGAGGUUUACAAAGAAAGGCUACCGACUCAACCCCAGCUGUUGAUGUUACUGCUUUGGAAAUGGUCAAAUGGUUCGAUUCUAACUACCAUUAUGUCAGACCAACCUUCUCGCACUCCACCGAAUUCAAGUUAAACACUGAAGCCGGUUUAAAGCCAGUUGACGAAUACUUGGAAGCUAAGGCUUUAGGUAUUGAAACCAGACCAGUCAUUGUUGGUCCAAUCUCUUACCUUUACUUAGGUAAGGCUGACAAGGACUCUUUAGACUUGGACCCAAUUUCUUUAUUGGACAAGAUCUUACCAGUUUACAAGCAAUUGUUAGCUAAGUUGAAGGAAGCUGGUGCUAAGGAAGUUCAAAUUGAUGAACCAAUCUUAGUCUUAGACUUACCAAAGGAAAUCCAAGCUAAGUACGCUGAUGCUUACAAGGCUUUAGCCGGUUCUGAUGUUCCAGAAAUCGUCUUAGCUACUUACUUCGGUGAUGUCAGACCAAACUUGUCUGCUAUCAAGGGCUUACCAGUCUCUGGUUUCCACUUUGAUUUCGCCAGAGUUCCAGAACAACUUGACGAAGUUGUUGCCGCUUUAGGUGACAAGCAAACCUUAUCCGUUGGUAUUGUUGACGGUAGAAACAUCUGGAAGACCGAUUACUCCAAGGCUUCCGCUUUCGUUGCUAAGGCUAUCGAAAAGGUUGGUAAGGACAGAGUCGUUGUCUCCACUUCUUCUUCAUUAUUACACACUCCAGUCGACUUACAAAACGAAAAGAAGUUAGAUGCCACCAUCAAGGACUGGUUCUCUUUCGCCACCCAAAAGUUAGACGAAGUUGUUGUUCUUGCUAAGAACGCUUCCGGUGAAGAUGUUUCCAAGGAAUUAGCUGCUAACGCUCAAUCUAUCAAGUCCAGACAAGAAUCUUCUAUCACUACCAAUCCAAAGGUUCAAGAAAGAUUAGCUACUGUUAACGAAUCUUUAUCUACCAGAAAGGUUCCAUUCGCUGAAAGAUUACCAUCUCAACAAACCAAGUACAACUUGCCAUUGUUCCCAACCACCACCAUUGGUUCUUUCCCUCAAACCAAGGACAUCAGAAUCAACAGAAACAAGUACACCAAGGGUGAAUUAACCGCUGAACAAUACGAAGAAUUCAUCAACAAGGAAAUUGAAACUGUUGUCAGAUUCCAAGAAGAAAUCGGUUUAGAUGUCUUAGUCCACGGUGAACCAGAAAGAAACGAUAUGGUUCAAUACUUCGGUGAACAAUUAGAAGGUUACGCUUUCACCACUAACGGUUGGGUUCAAUCUUACGGUUCCAGAUACGUCAGACCACCUAUUGUUGUUGGUGAUGUUUCCAGACCAAAGGCCAUGACUGUCAAGGAAUCAGUUUACGCUCAAUCUAUCACCGAUAAGCCAAUGAAGGGUAUGUUAACUGGUCCAGUUACCUGUCUCAGAUGGUCUUUCCCAAGAGAUGACGUUUCUCAAAAGGUUCAAGCCUUACAAUUAGGUUUAGCUUUAAGAGAUGAAGUCCAAGACUUAGAAAAGGCCGGUAUCACCGUCAUUCAAGUCGAUGAACCAGCUAUCAGAGAAGGUUUACCAUUGAGAUCUGGUAAGGAAAGAUCCGACUACUUAAACUGGGCUGCUCAAUCUUUCAGAGUUGCUACUUCUGGUGUCGAAAACGAUACUCAAAUCCACUCUCACUUCUGUUACUCUGACUUAGAUCCAAACCACAUCAAGGCUUUAGAUGCUGAUGUUGUUUCUAUUGAGUUCUCCAAGAAGGAUGAUGCUAACUAUAUCCAAGAAUUCUCUAACUAUCCAAACCACAUUGGUUUAGGUUUAUUCGAUAUCCACUCUCCAAGAAUUCCAUCCAAGGAAGAAUUCAUCUCAAGAAUCGAAGAAAUCUUGAAGGUUUACCCAGCCAACAAGUUCUGGGUCAACCCAGAUUGUGGUUUAAAGACCAGAGGUUGGGAAGAAACUAAGGCUUCAUUAACCAAUAUGGUUGAUGCUGCUAAGCACUUCCGUGGUAAAUAUUAG